AUGGCGACCACUUCGCACAUGUUCAUGUACUCACUGACGAUCCAGCCUCCUACUGCGAUCACACAGGCCAUUCUUGGUCAGUUUGCGGGUACUAAGGAGCAGCAGAUUGUCACUGCCUCGGGUUCGAAGCUGACCAUCCACCGUCCGGACCCGACUCAGGGCAAGGUCACACCGAUCUAUUCCCAAGAUGUUUUUGGCAUCAUUCGUUCGUUAGCAGCAUUUCGACUGGCUGGAAGUAACAAAGAUUACAUUAUCAUCGGAUCUGAUUCGGGUCGCAUCACGAUCAUUGAAUAUGUUCCCUCCCAGAACCGCUUCAACCGGAUCCACUUGGAAACAUUUGGCAAGUCUGGAGUACGCCGGGUAGUUCCGGGCCAGUACUUGGCCGUGGAUCCCAAGGGUCGAGCAUGCCUGAUUGCCUCAUUGGAGAAGAACAAGCUGGUCUACGUUCUGAACCGUAAUUCUCAGGCAGAGCUCACCAUUUCCUCUCCCCUCGAGGCACACAAGCCACAGACCUUGGUUUUUGCCAUGACUGCUCUGGACGUUGGCUAUGAAAACCCUAUCUUUGCUGCCCUUGAGGUGGAUUACUCGGAAGCUGACCAGGAUCCCACUGGUCAAGCAUACGAGGAGAUUGAGAAGGUGCUGGUCUACUAUGAGCUUGAUCUGGGUCUCAACCAUGUCGUUCGCAAGUGGUCGGACCCUGUUGACCGCACGGCGAAUAUGUUGUUCCAAGUGCCGGGAGGAGCAGAUGGCCCCAGCGGUGUUCUUGUGUGCGCGGAGGACAACAUUACCUACCGCCACUCGAACCAGGAUGCCUUCCGUGUGCCCAUUCCGCGCCGGACUGGUGCGACUGAGAACCCGGAGAGGAAACGCACUAUCGUGGCGGGCGUGAUGCACAAAAUGCGAGGUGCCUUCUUCUUCCUUCUUCAGACUGAGGACGGGGACAUGUUCAAGCUGAACCUUGACAUGGUUGAAGAUGAGAAUGGUCAACUCACUGGCGAGGUUCGAAGGCUAAAAAUCAAGUAUUUUGAUACUGUUCCCGUCGCAUCCAGCCUGUUGAUUCUCAAGAGUGGUUUCCUCUAUGUUGCCAGUGAAUCGGGCAACCAUAACUUUUACCAAUUUGAAAAACUUGGUGAUGAUGACGAGGAGACCGAAUACACCAGUGAUGACUUCUCGGCCGACCCGUCCGUUCCUUAUGACCCCAUAUUUUUCCGCCCUCGCCCCGCGGAGAAUUUGAACCUCAUGGAGAGUUUGAACUCUCUCAAUCCGUUGACCGACAGCAAAAUUGCCAAUCUCACUGGUGACGAUGCCCCACAAAUCUACACUGUGGGCGGCACUGGUGCACGAAGCUCAUUCCGAACCCUGAAGCAUGGGCUCGAAGUCUCGGAGAUUGUCGAGUCAGAACUUCGAACAGUGCCCUCGGCGGUCUGGACCACGAAACUCACCCGUGGUGAUGAAUACGAUGCGUACAUCGUGCUCUCCUUUGCGAAUGGUACUCUUGUCCUCAGCAUCGGUGAGGUUGUUGAAGAGGUUUCCGAUACUGGAUUCCUCUCCACCGCACCGACGCUUGCCGUACAACAGCUGGGCGAGGACUCCUUGAUCCAAGUUCAUCCUCGUGGUAUUCGUCACUUGAUGGCCGAUCGCCGCGUCAACGAGUGGCCUGCACCCCAGCACCGAUCCAUUGUUGCUGCCGCCACCAAUGAACGCCAGGUAGCAGUGGCUCUGAGCUCUGGUGAGAUCGUCUAUUUCGAGAUGGACGCCGAUGGAUCACUCGCAGAAUAUGACGAACGCCGUCAGAUGUCUGGCACUGUUACUUGCCUGAGUUUGGGUGAAGUCCCAGAGGGUCGGAUGCGCAGUUCUUUCCUUGCUGUUGGCUGUGACGACUCUACCGUCCGAAUCCUUAGCCUGGAUCCCGAUUCAACCCUCGAGAACAAGUCAGUUCAAGCUUUGACGUCGGCGCCGUCAGCACUCAACAUCAUUGCAAUGGCCGACUCAAGCUCAGGCGGCACCACCCUUUACCUCCAUAUUGGUCUCUACUCUGGUGUUUACCUUCGCACCGUCCUAGAUGAGGUUACCGGCGAGCUUUCCGAUACGCGUACACGUUUUCUGGGAGCAAAACCCGUGAAACUGUCACAAGUUUCUGUGAAGGGUCAAACUGCGGUCUUGGCCCUCAGUUCGCGGCCAUGGCUCGGAUACUCCGAUAUCCAAACGAAGAGCUUCAUGCUUACACCUCUGGACUGUGCCAGCAUCGAAUGGGGCUGGAACUUCUCUAGCGAACAGUGCGAAGAGGGCAUGAUUGGCAUUCAGGGCAAGAACCUACGAAUUUUCUCUAUCGACAAACUUGACAACAACAUGCUCCAAGAAUCAAUCCCCUUGGCACAUACCCCACGUCGCUUUGUCAAGCAUCCCGAACAACCCCUUUUCUACGUCAUUGAGUCAGACAACCACGUUCUGUCUUCUGCCACCCAGCAGAGCCUCAUCGAGGACUCAAAAACUCGCAAUGGCGAAUCUGAUAUCCUUCCUCCAGAAGACUUUGGUUACCCUCGUGGCACCGGACACUGGGCAUCAUGCAUUCAAAUCGUGGACCCGGUUUCCUCCAAGCAAGUGGUCUUCACCCUUGACUUGGAAGACAAUGAGGCUGCUGUUAGCAUUGCCGCAGUGCCAUUCUCAAGCCAAGACGAUGAGACUUUCUUGGUCGUCGGAACGGCCAAGGAUCUCACGACGGACGCUCCUUCGUCUUCGGGCGGAUUUAUCCACAUCUAUCGAUUCCAAGAAGAUGGUCGUGAGUUGGAAUUCAUCCACAAAACAAAGGUAGAUGAGCCUCCUUUGGCUCUUCUUGCCUUCCAGGGCCGAGUGCUCGCCGGUAUUGGGUCACUUCUCCGACUGUACGAUUUGGGUAUGAAGCAGCUGCUUCGCAAAUGCCAGGCUCAUGUCGUUCCGCAUACCAUUGUCGGUCUUCAGACUCAAGGAAGCCGUAUCGUGGUCAGCGACACCCGUGACAGCGUGACCUAUGUCGUCUACAAGUACCAGGAGAACAUACUGAUUCCUUUCGUGGAUGACACCAUUGCUCGCUGGACAACCUCUACCACGAUGGUUGACUAUGAAACCACCGCCGGUGGUGACAAGUUCGGCAAUAUCUGGCUGCUUCGUUGCCCCACUAAGUUCUCAGAGGAGGCCGAUGAGGACGGGUCUGGUGCUCACCUUGUCCACGAACGAGGCUACCUCCAUGGAACGCCCAACCGUCUGGAGCUUAUGGUCCACUACUAUGUGCAAGACAUUCCCACCGGCAUUCACAAGGCGCAGCUGGUGGCUGGUGGUCGAGACAUUCUGGUAUGGACCGGCUUCCAGGGCACGAUUGGCAUGUUUGUUCCUUUUGUUAGCCGUGAAGAUGUCGAUUUUUUCCAGAGUCUGGAGAUGCAACUGGCUUCUCAACACCCUCCUCUUGCUGGUCGCGACCACCUAAUCUAUCGCGGUUACUAUGCACCCUCCAAGGGUGUCAUUGAUGGUGACCUGUGCGAGAUGUAUUUCCUGUUGCCGAAUGAUACGAAGAUGAUGAUUGCCGCUGAGCUCGAUCGCUCUGUCCGCGAGAUCGAGCGUAAGAUCUCGGAUAUGCGCACGAGAGUGGCCUACUAA